UCCGAAAGCCAAAACGAAAAAGCAACUCGAAAAAGAUUCAAAGAAAAACCAGCGAAAAGAAAUGGCCAUUCGACGUGCGCUGUCCUAAGUCUUUGCCGUAACCACAAAACGAAUCUUUUCUUGUUGCAGAGGCAACGAAUCUGCGAUGGACGAUGCAACGAAAACCAUAAAUAUUUUGAUUGAAACGGAGAGACUGGCGGACAAAAUACUUCAGAACAAACACGAAAUUGUGGCUUUGGACAAACGACGUCAAGACACACGGGAAGCUAUUCGAGAGUUGGGCAAAUGUGAGGAGAAGAAAGCUUGGAUUACAGUUGGAUCGAUGCUGAUAGAAAUGAAGAAGGAGAUGGCUUUGGAACUAUUACAAACAGAUCAAAAUGUGAUACAUCAGGAGAUCAACAAACUGCGCAGUGAUCAAAAAGUACUACUUGGACAGCAUCGAGACUUGGAAUUCUCCGAUCCCCUCAAAGGCUUCGAUUUAAAUCCAUUGAGCAGAGACGAAAUAGGCGUACUGCGAACGAAUCUGCCCGGGCUUUAGCUUCUUUUACUGUCAAAACUGAUCGAAAACCCAAUGAAUUGUUGGAAAUAAAAUUUUUGUACAAAGCGCA